AUUUUUUCGCUUGUUUUAGUUUUCAGUUUUUAAAUUCUUUUUUGUUUGUGUUAGUUUUUUUUUGAUUUUUUCGUGUUUUUGUUGAUCUAAUUUUUUAAUUAAUCGUGUUUUUUUUUUAUUUUACAGAUGCAGGCCAUACGGAGGGAGAGGGGAUACCUCAGGGCAGCCAACGAGUGGCUGCGCUGGGAGGAUACGGAGGGCGAAACCCUGGAUGGGGAAAAUAUUUUCGCCAUCCAGGAUCUCCAUGACAGGGCCGCCAAAUGGUUGGCGGAUUCGGAGGAUGAGGCCUACCUGUGUGGAGCUCGCUGGGAGGGAGGUGUCGGACCGGACACCCCAAGAGCCCACUGGAUCCGCGCUCUGAGGCGCGAGGCGCGGGAGUUGGAGGCCGAGGGUGAGCAGGUGCUCACCCUGUACGACGUGGAGGAUGCCUGUGCGCGCAGGGUCCUCUUCGGGGACGAGCCCGCCCAGCCCGACCUGACCCAGGAGGACUGGUCCCUUGAACAGUGGGACUGAGGCCAC